AUGUCCCUCUCUGUCUACAAUUCUGGGGCCUCCCAGCAGGCUUCAUCCCGCAGUGGGGUGGGGGGCCGCCGGCUCAGCCGGUUGUCCAGCACUGGUAGUGGAAGUGGCUUUGGGGGAAACAUUUUUGUCUCUGGGGCAAGCUCUGGGGGUGGUUUCAGUGCUGCAUCCAUGUUGGGUUCUAGCUGUGGCUUUGGGAGCAUCUCUAGAAGUGCCUUUGGAGGAGGACUGGCCAGUGCUUAUGGAGGGGGGCUAGGGAAUGGUUAUGGAGGAGGACUGGGCAGUGGCUAUGGAGGAGGGCUAGUGAGUUCUUAUGGAGGAGGACUGGGAAGUGGCUAUGGAGGAGGACUGGGAAGCGGCUAUGGAGGAGGGCUGGGCAGUGCUUAUGGAGGAGGACUGGGCAGUGGCUCAAUAGGAAUUCCCUGUAACAAUGAUGGAGUCCUUCUUUCUGGAUCAGAAAAGGAAACCAUGCAAAACCUCAAUGACAGGUUGGCUUCCUACCUGGCUAAAGUCAGGGCAUUAGAGGAAGCAAACACUGAACUGGAGAACAAAAUUCGAGACUGGUAUGAAACACGUGUGACUGGAGACCCUACAUCAGGAAGUGAUUAUGAAAAAUAUUACCCAUUAAUCGAAGAUCUUAGGAAUAAGAUUAUUUCAGCCACAAUCGAGAAUGCUCGGCUCAUUUUGCAGAUUGACAAUGCAAGAUUAGCAGCUGAUGAUUUCAGGAUGAAGUAUGAGAAUGAGCAGGCCCUGCGCCAGAAUGUCGAAGCUGACAUCAAUGGCCUGCGCAAAGUGUUGGAUGAAUUGACCCUCGCCAGGGCUGACCUGGAGAUGCAGAUUGAAAGCCUGAUGGAAGAGCUGGCUUUUCUUAAGAAGAACCAUGAAGAGGAAAUUCAAGCCAUCCAAGCUGGGGGGCCCGGCGAAGUCAGUGUGGAGAUGGAUGCGGCUCCAGGAAUCAACUUGACCAAACUCCUGAAUGACAUGAGAGGGCAGUACGAAGCCAUCGCUGAGCAGAAUCGCAAGGAAGCCGAAGCUUGGUUUGUUGAAAAAAGCGGAGAACUCAAGAAGGAGAUCAGCAGCAACACGGAACAGCUCCAAACAAGCAAGAGUGAGAUAACGGACUUGAAGCGCACACUCCAGAGUUUAGAAAUUGAGCUCCAAUCUCAGCUUGCUAUGAGAAAGUCCUUUGAAGACACCUUAGCAGAAACAGAAAGUGGCUACUGCAACCAGCUCUCCCAGAUACAGCUGCAGAUUGGCGGUCUGGAGGCCCAGCUUUCCCAGGUGAGGAGCGACAUGGAGCGUCAGAAUGCGGAGUAUCAACAGCUUCUAGAUAUCAAGACCCGGCUGGAGAUGGAGAUUGAGACCUACCGCCGUCUGCUGGAGGGAGAACUCGAAGGGAAUGGUCUUAUUGAAAGUUUAAUGGUGCCAGAAUCCAAUUCUCAAGCACAGUCAAUUGAUUCUUCCAAAGAUCCAACCAGAACAAGGAAAAUCAAGACAAUUGUGCAGGAGGUAGUGGAUGGGAAAGUCGUUAACUCUGAGGUUCGGGAAAUUGAAGAAGACAUCUAA